AUGAACUCUGAGAAUGUGUUCGACAUAUACAGUGCCCCAGAGGCUCCUAAAGCUCCCUCAAGCAAGAAGAAAAUGAGCAAACGGCAUCCCGGGGAAAGCAGUAAAGCGCCUCCGACCAAGAAAACCCGUACUGCAGGCCCUCCGGUAGAUGGACCUUCAACAAAUGUAACAACACCUCCUUCUCCUCUCGAGCAGCAAACUCCUCUUACUCCUGUCGGGUCGACACCUUCUCCAUCGACCCCAACCGACCAGACUCAGCAGGCUGGUCCUGCUUCCACAGGCGGCGACAUAACGAGUCGCGCCUUAAGAUCGGUCAAAGACAGGGUGGCCAAAAUUGUGAAGCAUGAACACUACCGAGAGGUGAUGCCUGUGACAGAGAUGAUGCACAUCGACCAGAUCUUAACCCAGGCAUUAAAUGAAUUUGCUAGUCUUGAGGCAGUGCAUGAGGAGAAGAACAAACUGGCUGAGGAGUUAAGGGAGAAGCAAACUACUUUGGAUACGGGCGUCAAGCAAAGGGACAACUUCAAGGAGUCUAAUCGCGUCAACAACCGCGUGGCUAAAAAGCUCGAGGAGGACUUGAACGCGAGAAGACACGAGACCGCAACAUUGGAGGGCCAGAUCAAGAAGCUUGAAGAAGCUAACUCCAGGAAUUUGGAAAGUACACGGCCUACAGGUCGUGACGUAAAGACACUUAUUUUCUAG